UGUGAAUCUCCCGAGUCAAAGGCCGGACUCGACAUGCACUCGUUCGUCCAACCCGAUGCCUGGGUUGCACUCAAGCUUCCUUCUGGGAAUCUUCGAGUGCUCCAGGUAACUCCAAAUACCACUAUAUCUUUGGGGAAAUACGGGUCAUUCCCAAGUAAUCUGAUAAUACACCGUCCAUUCCAUCUUACCUACGAGCUUCAAGAUAAACGGCCAGGGGAGAACUACAAUCGGCUACGCAUCGUACCUGCCUCCGAGCUAUAUAGCGAUAUCUUAACAUCCGAUACAUCAGCUGGCUCUCCCGAAAGAGAAACACCCAUAAUAAACGACGAUGAAGAUGCCGAAAACUCGCUGCCGACGGAUAUAGAAUACUCGCUUGUGGAUCCCGAGUCUGGUGCUGUCGUCGCCCGGACCGAUCGCGCGGAACUCGAUGCGUCGGCACGCCAGACACUUAGUGCGGAGGAGAUAGAAGCUUUAAAAAAAGAUGGCACCGAUGCGGGCAGAGAUAUCAUUGCAAAGCUACUAAUAUCGCAUACCGCCAUCGAUCAGAAGACGGAGUACUCUUUAGCCAAGUACAAAAUCCUCAAGACCAAGAAGUACAUUAGGAGGUUCUGCGUAGUGCCUAUGGAUGUGCCUAUGCUGACCCACUGGCAAUUGGAAGUGAAAGACUCGAGCAAAAUCUUGGACAUGAGGGAUGAGAUGAUAGCACUGAUAGGAUGUUGGGGUAAUGUGCAUUUUGGUGGAGAGGAUCGAUUUGAAGACGAAGACGCAGACCACGAACAGGAGGAUCUUGAACAGUCCGCUGGUCGUUGGCUUGCUGUUGAUGACACCGGCGGCCUUCUCGUGGCGGCAAUGGCAGAACGAAUGGGUAUACUCUACCCACCUGAAAAUGGAUCUCUAAAGAACGAAAAUGAGCCAACGUCGUCAAGCGCUCCCCAAGGAGAUCUAUCAAAACACCAAGAAGCCGCGACAAAACUAGGUCAUACUCCGUCAGACAAGGGUGGCGAACACGGUAAUCACAACAUAGAGGCUCAGGCUCAGGCUGAGGAUACCACAGAAUCGAAGUCGACUCCUCAGAUUGCGAUAAGACCCUCUCAGGGGGACGGCAAGUCGCGAGGGAACGACUUGAAAGUGCCUUUCUCACACUCCAAUACCCUUACCGUCAUCCAUGCGAAUCAACAACCUAAUCUAUCUUUCCUACGCGAAUAUGGCUUCGAUAUUACGAAUCCAGCGCAAAAACAAGACCACCCCUUGGCCUCACACCUAAUGACUAUCUCGUGGCUACAGCUUGUUGAGCCGGAGUUAGAUCCAACGUAUGCAGCCGAGAUACCCAACGUCGCCCCUGCGGUACUCCGCACAUGGAAAGCUAACCGCCGAGGAACUUAUCAUCGUAAACGUAGACGUUGGGCCAAAAUCCGCUAUAUCAUCAACACCACGCGGAAGGGCGAGUUCUCCGGGUUGGUAGUCGCGAGCACGAUGGACCCUAUCUCGAUAAUGCGGCAUGCGGUACCGCUUCUUGCCGGCGGCGCACCAAUCGCCAUCUAUUCGCAAUCGAUCGAACCUCUAACCGCGCUAGCUGACUGCUACAGCAUAGCACGCCGUGGUGCCUGGGUAGCAACGCCGCCAGAGGAAAUAGUGGGCAAGACUCCGGAAGAGUUGGAGCAGUGGCCCGGAAACGACGAAUUCCCACUGAACCCGUCUCUCGUGCUGGGAGCAUCUGUGCAGACAAGUCGCGUUAGAAAGUGGCAGGUCCUUCCUGGACGGACACAUCCUCUGAUGACGAGUCGGGGAGGAGCAGAAGGAUACGUCUUCACGGCUUGGAAAGUCAAGCCUGCGGAAGGCAAGGUGGAAGCUAGGGGCAAGGCUCGUACGAGGAAGAGAAAACUGGAUGAGACGACCAAAGAAUAAGGGGUUAGAUGGGUGAUGGAAGUAAAAACUGCAUUCAUCGGCGUUUGAGAGCCUGGUUUAUAAGACACAAGGUAUAGCUCUCUAGCAUUGGCUAGCUCCAAACUAGUCACUCUGGCCGCAUAGGCAUGGUAUAGAUGAAGA